AUGGUAAAUAUGUCCAUAGUAACAGUUUUCACUCUGUCUGGGUUUGGAGACAUAACUGACUACAGGGUCCCUGUCUUCUCUGUCACUUUAUUGUGUUACUGUGUCAUUGUGCUAGUUAAUGUUACGGUCAUCACAACUAUCAUCUUUAACAGAAUCUUUCAUGUGCCAAUGUAUAUUUUUCUUUGUAAUUUGUGCAUUAAUGGACUUUUUGGUACUGCAGGAUUCUACCCCAAAUUUCUGAUGGAUCUGCUGUCUCGUUUGCAGGUCAUCUCCUAUGCAGCAUGUCUGUUUCAGGCUUUUGUCAUAUAUUCUUCUUUCUGCAUUGAUAUGUGUCUGCUAGCUGUGAUGGCCUAUGACAGGUUUGUAGCAAUAUGUACACCACUGCAAUAUCACUCUGUCAUGACUAAGCAGCGAGUGGCACAGUUAGUGUCUUUCUCCUGGAUUGCUCCUUUUGGUCUUAUAGCUACUGCUAUUAUAUUUACCUCCCAACUGAGGUUGUGUGGCUCACACAUACAGAAACUCUACUGUGCUAACUGGUUGGUUGCUAAAUUGUCAUGUGAUGCGACCAGUUGGGUAACUUCAUCCACACCAACCAAUGUAGUUGCAUAUGUAUCAAUAUUAUUCUAUAUUUUUCUUGGCAUUUUCAUAGUUUGCUCUUACAUGCAGUUGAUCAGAUCAUGUUUUAAGUCCUUGGAAAACAGAGGAAAGUUCAUGAGUACUUGUUUGCCACAUUUAUUUGCAUUAUUUAACAUUUCAAUUUCUGGUCUAUUCGAUGUUAUGCAUAUGCGUUAUGGCUCAAACGAUUUGCCACAGAGCCUUCAAAACAUCUUGGCUAUUGAAAUUCUAAUAGGUCCUCCAUUGUUCAACCCCCUCAUUUAUGGUCUGACACUAACUCAAAUUCGCAAUAAAAUACUGUGUAGAUGUUUGAAAAGGAAAUAA